CCCAUCUUCGUCUAACCUUAUUGCUCAAAUGGGAAGCUUCUUUUUACUGUCUGUGCGCCUGCUUCAUGCCUUCUUCAUCAUCCUUCCCUGUUUCUUCAAUACUGUAAUCUGCACAAACCAUAAGACUUCAUUAACAUUACCUUCAUUACCUCCAUUACCUCCAUUAAUCCCCCAACUCCUGAAUUUCGCAGACCAAAGACUCUCAGUGGUUUACCCGAUUAUACAAUCCUUCAAGAACAUCAUCACUUCAGAUCCAUUAGGCAUCACCAAAACCUGGGUUGGCGCUGACAUAUGCAACUACAAGGGCUUCUACUGUGACAUCCCACCGGACAAUGCCACCGCCACUGCCAUCGCCUCCAUAGAUUUCAACGGCUUCCAACUCAGUGCUCCAACUCUUGACGGCUUCAUAGAUCAACUUCCUGACCUUGCCCUCUUUCAUGCCAACUCCAACAACUUCUCAGGUAGUUUAGGAAUUGUAAUAGUAGUGCAGAGUUUCAUUGAACUUAUUUCAGAUCGGUAUUUGUACUUUAAGAGCUCGACAUAUAUAUUGACAUGGAUGUUUAAUAUGUUUACAUACUCAGGUAUCCUAACACCAAAAAUUGCAAAUCUCCAAUACCUGUAUGAGCUUGACAUAAGCAACAACAACUUCUUUGGCCCUUUUCCCACGGCAGUACUCACCAUGAAUAGCCUUUCAUUCUUGGACAUUCGCUACAACUCUUUUACCGGAUCCAUACCACCCGAAAUUUUCAAGCAAACCCUGGACGUUCUCUUCCUCAACAACAACAAUUUCAUGCAAAGCCUCCCUGAUAACCUUGGUGCUACUUCAGCGCUCUAUCUCACCUUAGCCAACAACAAAUUUACUGGCUCCAUUCCGAAAAGCAUCGGAAGUGCUUCACCAACUUUGGUAGAAGCGCUGCUCUUGAACAAUUUGUUGACCGGUUGUAUCCCUUAUGAACUAGGGUUUCUCAGAGAUGCCACUGUGUUUGAUGCCGGGAACAACCAGUUGACCGGCCCUUUGCCGUGUUCAUUGGGAUGCUUGGACAAGAUAGAACAGCUUAACUUUGCUGAUAACUUUCUCUAUGGACGUGUGCCGGAGGUGCUCUGUGAACUAGGGAAUUUGGCGAAUCUAUCUCUGUCGAACAACUACUUCACUGGAGUAGGAACAGCGUGUAGAAAGCUGAUAGAAAAGGGUGUCCUUGACAUAAGGAACAAUUGCAUUCAGGAUCUUGCAGAUCAAAGAUCAGCGGAGGAAUGUGCCUUGUUCUUCUUGCACCCUAAAAGCUGCCUGCACCCUGAGACAUAUAGUCUAAUUCCUUGUAAGGCUCCACCAAAAUCAAAGACGAAAUCGUCUCCAUAUUCUGCAGUUCCCAAACAGAGAUUCUGAAGAUUUGUUGUGGACUUGUGGUCAAGGUUAAGAAAGAAAGGAAAUGAUAAUUAACCAUAGGGAGUGGAGUGUAAUCUUUCGCAUAUUAUUGUUGCGAUCGACAAACAGUUGGUGGAAUACUAGUCACCACUCACCACUACUAAAUCGUUGAAAGGGAAAGAAAACCUUAGUGUACGUACCACUAAUUGGACCAUCUAGAAAUUGGCCGCGCUCAUUGGCCAAACCAUUAUGGAGAAGUACA